UUUUUCUAUGGUAUUUUGUAGAGUGGCUCUGUAGUGGAUCUUGAUAUUGUUGAUCUUAUAUCAUUUGUAGGUUAUUUUGUCUGAGAACUGUUCAUUUCGUGAAAUCAUAUUAUAUAAAUAUAUCUUGGCAAAUUCGUAAAAUAUUUAGUGUAUUUCAAUUGAUUGCUUUGUCGUUCUAUAAUUUUAGAAUAUAAUGCUUUUUCUGCGACAAUUGUUAAUGUGAUAAGAUCCUUCAUUGGUAUCGUUGAUCUAUUUUUUUAUACAAAAAUACUUUAUAGGAGAUAAUAUUUUACUGAAAUUUAGUUAAAUAUAUUGAAAAAGGAUGUCAGAUGACUCGAGCUUGUAUAGAUUAGAUGGAACUGAAGGAAAUCAAGCAGGAGGCUUGAUCAUUCGUAAGAAAGCUUCAGAACAUACUUUUAAGAAGCCUUCUCUGUUAGGCCUCGAAAAGCUUGCAGAACGAAAAAGAAGAGAACAGUCACAGGAACCUACUAGCUCAAAGUCUGACAAAUAUGAAGGAAAGGAUAGGAGAUAUCGAUCUUAUGAAGAAGAAACUCCUACUCACACUGGUGGUGUCAACUCUGAAGCACAACGGAGAUUAGAGUCACGACUCAAACGUCAAAGAUUAAAUGCAGAUGAUAGAGAUUCUAGAAAUUCACGCAGGAGUCGUGAAAGAGAUAGAGACAAACGAAGAGACAGGGAAAGUCGGGGUAGAGAUAGUACGAGGCAAACGCCAAGAUUCAAAGAUGAACCCCAGACACCCAAAUUUCGAACAAAAGAUCCCACUUCUAAGAGUAAUUGGGAUGAUGACGAAGACGAAGAACCGCGACGAUCAAGCUGGGAUCAUCCAACACCGAAUAUUUAUAAUAAAGAUGGUCGUGAUAGCAUCAGAAGUGAAUUUACUCCUUCCUACAAGUACAAUCCUUGGAACAAAGACUUUAAGCGUUCUGGUGCCACUCCAAUGAUAGAUGGAGAGGAAAAAGAAUUGUGGGAGGAAGAGCAGCAAAGACUGGAUAGGGAAUGGUACGCAUUGGACGAUGGAGAGAAUAAUGCUUUUGCCAAUGUGUCCGAGGAAUAUACACGAAAGAAGGAAAUGGAGCUGGAGGCCAGGAGACAGAAACGUCUUUCAGCACAACAACGACAAAUAAAUAAAGAUAAUGAAUUGUGGGAGCGUAACCGUAUGUUAACAUCGGGAGUUGUGAGCUCAUUGGAUCACGACGAUGAUCCCGAUGAUGAGGGUGAGGCGAGAGUUCACUUAUUGGUUCAUAACGUGGUCCCGCCAUUCCUGGAUGGUCGCAUCGUGUUCACGAAACAACCAGAACCAGUUGUACCUGUACGCGAUCCGACUUCUGACAUGGCUCUGGUAGCGAGGAAAGGCUCGGCACUAGUCAAGGCAUAUCGUGAACAAAAGGAAAGGCGUAAAGCCCAAAAAAAGCAUUGGGAAUUGGCUGGAACGCACAUUGGCAACAUUAUGGGUGUACAUGAUCGGCGUAAGGACGACAAGGAGCAUGCAGGACAAGAAACGGAUUUUAAAGCAGGACAAAAAUAUGCACGGCACAUAGGAGCAGGAGAGAUAACGGGGGAAGCUAAACACAGAUCGAUUCAGCAUCAAAGAAGAAGUCUUCCCGUAUUCGCAGUACGCCAAGAAUUAUUAAACAUUAUCAGAGAAAAUAAUGUCGUUAUAAUAGUAGGUGAAACAGGUAGCGGUAAGACAACUCAAUUGACGCAAUAUCUUCAUGAAGAUGGGUACAGUCGUUAUGGUAUGAUUGGUUGUACUCAACCAAGAAGAGUCGCUGCCAUGUCUGUUGCAAAAAGAGUGUCUGAUGAAAUGGCCACUGCUCUAGGCGAUAAGGUCGGAUAUGCGAUACGUUUUGAAGAUUGUACUUCGAAAGAUACGAUCAUUAAAUAUAUGACUGACGGUAUUCUAUUGAGAGAAAGUUUGAGAGAAGGAGAUUUAGAUCGUUACAGUGUUGUCAUAAUGGACGAAGCUCAUGAACGAUCGCUUUCCACCGAUGUAUUAUUCGGUCUUCUUAGAGAGGUUGUCGCUAGACGGCAUGACCUAAAAUUAAUAGUAACUUCCGCAACGAUGGAUUGCAGCAAGUUCUCCGCUUUCUUUGGUAACGCAGCAACAUUUCAAAUACCUGGACGCACAUUUCCCGUAGAAGUGCUGCAUGCGAAGAAUCCAGUCGAGGAUUACGUAGAUGCAGCUGUCAAGCAAGUAAUGCAGAUUCAUUUGCAGCCUAAGAGUGGCGACAUACUGGUCUUCAUGCCUGGUCAGGAGGACAUUGAAGUUACUUGCGAAGUUCUGAAGGAACGUUUAGCUGAAAUCGAAUCAGCACCAUCUCUUUCCAUACUGCCCAUCUAUUCCCAAUUGCCGUCGGAUCUGCAGGCAAAAAUCUUUCAACGGUCUGAGGGUGGUCUUCGUAAAUGCGUUGUGGCAACUAAUAUAGCAGAAACAUCGCUGACAGUCGAUGGAAUUGUUUUUGUUGUCGAUUCUGGAUACUGUAAACUGAAGGUGUAUAAUCCUCGAAUAGGUAUGGACGCUUUGCAGGUAUAUCCCGUGUCGAGAGCCAACGCUGACCAACGACAAGGGAGAGCUGGUCGUACUGGUCCUGGUCAAUGUUAUAGAUUGUAUACGCGAAGACAAUAUUUGGAUGAAUUAUUAUUAACCGGUGUUCCCGAGAUACAACGUACGAAUUUAGCUAAUACGGUACUUCUGCUGAAAUCAUUGGGAGUACAGGACUUAUUGGCGUUCCAUUUCAUGGAUCCGCCGCCACAAGAUAAUAUAUUGAACUCGUUGUAUCAGUUGUGGAUUUUGGGCGCGCUCGAUCACACUGGACGUCUUACCGCUCUCGGCCGGCAAAUGGCUGAGUUUCCUUUGGAUCCGCCACAAUGCCAGAUGCUCAUAGUCGCCUCGCAACUUAACUGUACCGCGGAUAUCCUCAUUAUCGUCUCCAUGCUGUCAGUUCCAUCAAUUUUCUAUCGACCCAAGGGACGCGAAGAAGAUUCGGAUUCGGCACGGGAGAAGUUUCAAGUACCGGAAUCAGAUCACUUAACAUAUUUAAAUGUGUAUAAUCAAUGGAAAGCAAACGGUUAUUCGACUUCCUGGUGUAACGAUCACUUUAUACACGCGAAGGCGAUGCGCAAGGUGCGAGAGGUACGGUCGCAGCUCGAGGAAAUUCUGAAGCAACAAAAAAUGGACGUUGUCAGUUGCGGUACCGACUGGGAUAUCGUGCGGAAAUGCAUCUGCUCUGCCUAUUUUCAUCAAGCAGCACGUUUGAAGGGUAUCGGCGAAUAUGUCAAUUGUCGUACUGGAAUGCCAUGCCAUCUUCAUCCCACCUCUGCGCUAUUCGGCAUGGGUUUUACGCCCGAUUACGUCGUAUACCAUGAGCUCGUGAUGACCGCCAAAGAAUACAUGCAAUGCGUCACUGCGGUAGAUGGUCAUUGGCUGGCCGAGUUGGGUCCCAUGUUCUUCAGUGUGAAGGAGACUGGUCGGAGUGGUCGCGCGAAACGACGGCAAGCGAUGCAGCACCUUCAUGAGAUGGAGCAUCAAAUGAAGGAAGCCGAAGAGGAGAUGAAGGCACGUGCCCAGGAGCAACUCGAACGCGAACAGGCGUCGGUCCGGAAGAAGGAGAUAUUAACGCCUGGUAUUAGGGAACCGGGUACCCCCGCCCCCUAUCGCAAUACUCCCGGAAGAUUAGGAUUGUAAUUAAUUUUCUUAUGUACAAUGACUCGAUAUUGUUGCAAAUAUCUCUCAUUAUCUGCCAGAAAAAAGUGUGUACAUAUACAUAUAUUUGUAACAAAUUUUUUUUCUCUAUAACGCGGAAAUACAUAAACUGCUAGUGCACAACUAAUAGUUAAAAUUAUAUAUAACCAUUUGUAAUUAAAAUCAUGGAAAGAGAAUGGCAAUAUAAUCCAACAAUAAUUCAACAAUCACUUUGGCGCGCUCUUCUAGCAUUUGGCAUUAGUAUAAUUUAGAUAUAAUUCUUAAUCUUAAUCUUUCCUUUAUUAGAUUUCUAUGCUUUUCUUGUAGCAUGGAAACUACUUAUCUAUAAUGUAUGAUUACAUUAUAGUGAUUACUUUCCAAUUUAAAUGAUAUAUUUUCUGAUUAAAUACAGACUGGAUAAAAAUACAUGUAUGAUAAUUAAAAAAUUCUUUAAAUAAUGAUUAUUGACCAGAGUAUUAUGUAUAAAAUAUUAAUGUUGAAUGUGAUAUUUAUAAGAUUUUUUGUAAAUAAAAUUAUUUUUAUUGUAAUAUGAACAAAAUAUUAAAAACUAAUAAUAAAUAAA